AUGAAGACCUCUGCCUUUAUCACGCUGGCCCUUGCUGGGUCGGCGCUUGGUGUCCGCCGCGGCAACUGGAGCCCUGACGAUGGUGGCGAUGGUUGGUCCCCGACCGACUCGGGCAGCUGGGGCACCGAGACGUCCGACACUUGGACGUCGGAGACCUGGAGCUCGGAGACCUGGAGCUCGGAAACCUGGAGCUCGGACUGCACCACCUCCACGACCCCUGCUCCGCCUCCGCACACCACCACGCAUAAGCACUCGUCUAUCCCGCACCACUCGUCUGUCCCCCAUCACUCGUCGGUUCCUCAUCAUUCGCACACGACGGCGCCGCCACCACCGCCUGUGACGACGACCACCUACGUGACGACGUCCAUCUGCCCGGUGACCACCCACAGCACCAGCUCCGGCAGCAUCGUUCCGGUGACAACACACUCGACCUCGGUCUGGACUGUCACCACCGAGUGCCCGCCUGGCCCUACAACGUCAGCGCCUGCUCCUCCAGGUCCCCAUGGGCCUGGACACAAGAACAAUGGGACAGCCCCUCCGGGGCCCCCUGGGCCUGGUCACAAUAGCCACAGCACCGCUCCUCCGGGCCCCCCUGGGCCUGGCCACAAGGGCAACGGCACCACUCCUCCCAGCCCCCCUGGGCCUGGCCACAAGGGUAACGGUACCACGCCUCCCGGUCCCCCUGGACCUGGCCACAAGGGCAACGGCACCACACCACCGACUACGCCGACGCCUUGUCCCAGUGGUAACAGCACUACCCCUACGGUUCCCGGUACCAAGGGCAACGGCACCACGCCAACGGCCCCCCCUUCCAGCCAUGGGGGUAACGGUACAACCCCCCCGACACCUCCGACCCCGUGUCCCAGUGGUAACAGCACUACCCCUUCGGCGCCUGGUACUAAGGGCCACGGCACCACCCCGCCGACGUCUCCGACGCCGUGUCCCAGUGGUAACAACACCACCCCGCCGACUUCUCCGACACCUUGUCCCAGUGGUAACAGCACCACUCCUGUGAACCCCGGGCAUCAGGGCAACGGCACCGUCCCGUCGAACCCGGCUGCCGUGGUGUCCCAUCCUAGCGGAGCUCCUCCCCCGCCCCCGGCUCCGGGCUCGCCCUCCACGUCGGGAACUCCUGGGUCUCCUGGGUCUCCUGGAUCUCCCAAAUCUCCUGAGUCUCCCGAGUCUCCCGAGUCUCCUGAAUCUUCCGGGGGCCAUCCUGGCCCCAGCCAUGGCAACGGCACCAGUGCCCCUGAGCACCCUGGCCCGGCCGCCUCAAGCAGCCCUGGCGGCCACGGAAACGGCAACGGCAACGGCGGCAGCUCCAACAAGCCGCCCACUGUUCCCACUAGCGAUGCCUUCCACACCUCGGCCAAGGCGACCACGUUCGUUGGUCUCCUGGCCGGUCUGACCGGUGUGGUCCUGCUGCUGUAA